UUCCGUGGUAAACAAGGACAUGUGCGGUGUUUAGUAAGUCUCCUGUCCUCCGCCAGCUCGGGGGUUUCCUCAGGUACACCGAUGGCGGCUCACGUGUCCGCGGUGCGCGCGCUCUACAAGAGGAUCCUGGUGCUGCACCGCUUCCUGCCCAUCGACCUGAGAGCGCUGGGGGACCAGUACGUGAAGGACGAGUUCAGGAGGCACCGGGGCGCGUCCCCGGAGGAGGCGAAGGGCUUCAUGACGGAGUGGCAGAACUAUAAGGAGACCCUGCAGAACCAGGUCCUGGCGUCGGCGGGGGACCGGCUGGGCCCGGCCCGCUUCGGGGCCGACCUGCCGGAGGAGAAGCUGCGGGACUUCCAGGACGAGCAGAUCGGGCAGCUGUACGAACUCAUGCUGGAGUCCACCAAGCCCAACCGGCAGUUCGACAUCCGCGAGGACGGACAGUGAGACGCCCAGACGAGGCUUUUAAGGAGAUGUGAUUAUGUAAACGAGCUGUUUGUUUGUGUCUUUUACUGUGACAAUAAACCGGACACACACACACACCCCACUGGCGUCACUGAGGUGGCAGCAGCGGCUGUCCUCUGUCCACUCCGUGAACACAUUGGCGCGCUCCGGGCCGUGAAGGGGCGAGCUCCGUGCGGAGGAGGAUCCUCUGGGCGUCGCGGCGCAGCGGCUCGUUAUUGGAGUUAACUCGCCGUCGUUUCUGCUCCGGCGGAGUUCAGACGCGACGCUGAUAAGAAUCACUCAUGCACACAACAAAGAGACGAUGGUGGAGAUCCUGCUUCUCUUCCUCCGACCUCGACACACUGAUACACACCUCUGUUCAGAGCAGAGGCUGUUAGGAAUGAUCACACUUUCAUCAUUCAUUUCCCACAAACAACGGUUUUUAAUUUAAAUUCAAACUGAUGGACACGUAAAUACUGGAUACCUCAAGUUGUUUCAGUGUCUGGAGAAUUGCGUUUCAGUUUUAUUAAAUGUUUUGCUGAAUGGAGCCGGAGGGUUGAAGAGUUCAUUCAGGUAGUUUUUUUUUUUUUCAAAUUAAAUGUACCUUCGAUCUUUGACGGCAGCAGUGUGAAUCGCUGUUCCAGGAAAUAAAUGUUUUGCCUUGUUCA